AAUCAUACAAGGUCUCUGUCGAAGCAGUCUAACGGGUUGGAACCACCACUCAUUCGUCCGACGCUUCACGACGAUGCUGCUCUCGCUUGCUCGCUUUGUGACAAUAGCGGCGCUGUGUCUGUUCACGUCAGCUGCGCCGCAUCGAUUGCAUCGCCGCUACGAGGUCAUCGACCAUGACGCAGUGGUUGGAUUCGCACAAGCUGUGCCAGACGGCACGAUCGGGGACUUGUACCUUAAAUACAAGCCGUAUCUCUACGUUGCGAAUGGCUGCGUUCCAUUUCCGGCCGUAGAUGCCGAUGGCAAUGUUUCCGGAGGACUCAACCCCAGCGGCGGCUCGUCCUCGGGAUGCAGCAGCUCGACAGGUCAGGUGUAUGUGCGAGGUGAGACAUACAAUGGCUACUUCGCUAUCAUGUAUGCCUGGUUCUUCCCGAAAGACGAGCCUUCACCAGGAAUAGGACAUCGCUACGACUGGGAGAACAUAGUCGUGUGGCUAUCGAGCGAGUCCACCGAUGCCACACUUCUUGGUGUAGCCGUGUCACAGCACAGCGGGUAUUCCACCUCGACCAGCCCACAUCUAGAUGGCAGUGAACCCACGAUCGAGUACGAAAGUAUCUGGCCACUAGAUCACGCGCUUUAUUUCACGUCCACCGUAGGCGGUCAGCAGCCGAUGAUCGCGUGGGAGAACCUUACGGAUGCCGCCAGAAGCACGUUGAACACGUACGACUUUGGGGCCGCGAAUUGCAAGGUCAACGAUAACCAUUUCGAAAGCGAACUGGCAAAGGCCACGCUCUAA